AUGUUCAAAAGACUGUGGAUUCUAUUACUGUUGAUUUUGAACAGCCGGGAUGGCAAUGAAUACCAGAUGGGAAAGAAUCGCCCUAAUGGAUACACAUCAAUGCAGAUUUACGGACACGGUGCAGGUGCAGAACGUGUCGAUGGGCGUGAUCCUGUCCGGGAGUCCCUGGUUCUGCAGAGGGUGAGCCGGCAGAGGGCGGGUCACUACACCGCCACUGUGGUCAGCCAGCCCGUCCACCUCCAGAUCAAGUACAAACCCGAGUGUCAGACUUCCCCAACAACCUACUUCAUCUACGACAAGCCCAUCAACGUGACAUGCUCGGUGACGUCAUUCCCCCCCGUGAGAGCGAUCCAAUGGCAGUGGAACAGUAGCAAUGACGUCAUCAGCACCGAGCCAAUCACCGAGGAGGAAGAGCGUGUGUCGGCCCAGCUGACGGUCGAGCCGAUAAAAAGCCGCGAAGACCGAACGCUCACGUGCUGGGCGGUGAAUGAGAUGGGGAAGCAAUCAAGACCUUGUGGAUUCGCCGUAAAAGUCGCCCAGAUGCCCCUCCCGCUGUCCUCCUGUCGCCUGGCCAACAUCACAGCCUCCUCACUCAGCCUCACCUGCCAGCGACCCAACGUGGCUACAGCUGGCACCACCUUGUACCGCGCCGAGGUGUACUUCGACAACCGCACCCUCUUCGCCAACGUGACCUCAAACCGUCCCAACUUCAACGUGAGUCGCCUCGACGCCGGCACGAGCUACCAGAUCAAGGUGUACGUGAGUCACGGCCCCGUCACGUCGCAGCCCGUCGUCGUGUCGGCCUACACGUCGCGCACCUCCAGGACCGCGCCAGGAUCCCACGAGAGCAGCAGCUCCGUGGGCGAGGUGGUGGGCGGCCUGGCGGUGGCGCUUCUCCUCCUCGCGGGCGGGGUCUGGGCGAGGCAGUACUGCAGGAAGCAAAGCAGGGCGAAGAAGCACGAGCCGAGAGUACCGUCCGACGAGAGUAACCCUGAUGUUGUGCCAACUACAGUCGAAGAGACCCUGGACCUCCUAGCAGCCGGAGCCGCCAAGACUGAGAUGCCAAUUCUUACUCCUGUUUACGAAGCUAUGAACGCCUCACUCCAGGAGGUCGUGCCCAAGCAAACCCUGGCAUCCGCGAGGUGUACAGUGGCAUGAGGACGCAACACAAAGAACUCGAAGAAUACCAGGAGCUCCGAGUGCAACAUAGCGACGACUACCCCGACGUGAGCUUGCAACACAAGGAUAGCGAGGAGCAGUACCACGCAGGGAGGAUGCAGGGACAGGAGAAUGAGCAACAGCAUGGGGGAAAGGGCAAGCUUUAUUGUCCUGUGGAUCAACUCAUGCAAGCUGCAGAGACGGUGGUAUGAGGAGGUCAGUGUCGGUGAGGCAGGAAAUGAGAA